AUGCAGUCUAUGCAGCAGAUGGUCAGCAAGGGCACCGCCUGCUAUCAGAGCGGCGACCUGAUUGCGGCGUCUCGUCAAUUCAGACAACUCCACCCCCCACCAUCAUCUAUUAUUCCUGGAUAUGGCUAUUUGCUGACUCUGUCUCACCUUCUGUUCCGUCAGGCUGCCCAAAGCUGCAAGUGUGAAGUCGGCAAGCCGAAUCUAGAGUGCAAAUGCAUCGACUUCCUCCAAGCCUGCCAUGACCACACACUGAGCGAGGCGUUGCGCCAGUCUUGCACGUGCCCCCGACGGGCCGCCAAACGCUGCAAAGAUGAGUCGCACGCCGUGGCUCUCGGCAGCCUCGUCUUGGUCUGUAUCAAGACAAAAGACUACAAGUUGGGCCUCAUCUAUGGCCAAAACCUCAUACGCAUUGCACCUCGAGAUCCGCGGGGCUAUCUCAGACUGGGUCAACUCUUGCGUCUAACAAAGAAGCAGGCCACCGCACUGGCUGUAUACCAGCAGGGAAUCGCACUGGUGGCGCGCGCAAACCCUCAGCACCCGGGCCUCGUCGCUCUGCAAGAGCAGGAGAAGACUACUUCCAAAGCAUUGAUACAGAUCGACCCUGUGCAUGUUCUUCCCACUGAGCUGUUCAUCCAGGUUUUGCGCAAUCUUAAAACGAAGAACUAUUGCGGCAUUCUUCGAGUUUCCAAGUCAUGGAAGACAUUCAUAGAGCGGACUCGGGGACUCUGGACGGAACAAGAAUUCUACGUCAACGCCAGAAUACGGCCCACCAGACUCGUACCGCCUUCCAAACCCAUACCGGCUUUUAGACUCGUACCGGCUUCAACCAUACAGAAGUGCUUGGUGACAUAUCCCGGCGGUCAGCUUCAAUCACUCACCAUCCGGGACUGCGCCGCGUUCCCUCUUUUGAUCAAUAAGUUGGCAACGAUUCUACGCGCAUGCCCUCAUCUACGUCACCUCUCUCUGGCUGGCUCGGCCGCACUAAGGACAGGUUACGUCCGCCCCGAGUCAUACAAGGGUCCCCAAUUAAAAACAUUGUACCUGGGCCCAAAUUUGACGAUAGACAACGAUGUUGUGCAAUACCUAAUGCCCAACAAUUGUGAGUCUCUUGAGGAACUCAGUCUGCUCGGAAUGCCUCAAGGACCCUUCUUCCUCGACCCAGCUGGACCGCAGUAUCCGCGACUACACACACUCCGACUUGCAGGUCCUUCAAAUCAAGGCCCGUACCCCAUCUGUAUGCUCACGAUUGCGCACAUGGCCCCGAGUAUUCAGGUGGUAUCCCUUGACAGGGUAUCGUUGUACUUCCACGAAUGGCAAGAUGUAGCAACCAUCAAUCAGUGGCAUAACCUGAAAAGUCUUUCCAUGGGCAAAGAUAUAGCAUUGGAUAUGUCUCGUAACUUUCCCACGGUUUUGGUGAAGACACCUUUCCUUCCAGAGGAACUCGAAGAACUUGUUCUUACGAAUACAGCACUCCGUUGGAACUUUAGUUGGGAACCUGAAAGACCGCUGGAAUGGGGCCAGUGGGUGGUGCAGCCACCACAUUCACCCAAGCCAUACUUCCCCUCUCUGAAGACGCUUGUUGUUCGUGACAUGGAUCACCACGCACCAAAGUGUCAUGAUAAGUGGAAAUCUUUGAUUGCGCCGUCAGUCGCAAGCGACAAGCUCCGGCAUCUUGAAAUAUGCCCCUUUCCAUGGCCCCUCGUGCGCGACCUGGACCAAACUAGACAGUGGCUGGAGCCAGAAGCAGGCGCAACUGGCAUCACCGCACUAGGCAUCAGCUGCCUCAUGGCGUCGGUCGGCCAUGAAAUUGACGAUGCCGAUGAUGCCUUGCUUCAACUCGUUCAACUCUUCCCCAAUCUGCGGGACUUGGAUAUCAAUCAAGAGCCUAUUGGACUUUCGACGCUGGCCCGUAUACUUGAAGCUGGUGUGGACCGAAUCUAUCAUCGGCAGGGCGCAGCGAUGCUGACUCUGAAGGAAUGGGCGCAAUCCAAGGGCAAAGAUGUGAUACAUGGGAGCAUGCCGAGGUCAUCCUUGGUCUUGUGA